AUGAGUCUGUUACUUUUAGAAACAUUACAAGAAGGACUAGAUGACGAAUAUAUUCAAUUGUUGAAUCUGGAUUCAACUUUCGCUCAAGAUGCAGAAAAAUAUUUACUGGAAUUAUUAGUCAAUGACGAUUUGUUAUCAACUGAUCCAUAUACUACUGCUUCUGGUGAAUCAUCAUAUCACAAAAAAACAUUAACUGAAGAGAUUGCCGAAUUGGAUAUGUCUCAACAUGAAAUCAACGCCAAACUUAGUACAAUCACCAAUAGUAAUCGAGAUUUAAUUAUUGAUAUUAGUAAUGAUUUACAAUUUAUCAAUCAUCAAAUAACUAAAGAAUACAGUCACCAUACUGAAAAUUUAGUGAAAAGUAUAACUGGUGAAUUUAGAAUCGAUUUAUCAACCUCAAAUCAUUUUAAUUUAAAAACCAAUGUUAGUAUAAAUAAUACCAUUUUAAAUAAUAUUGAUUCAGUUUUGGAUAUUUUGGAAUUACCAACAUUAUGUAAAUUAUGUAUAUUACAAGGGAAUUAUCAAGAAAGUUUAGAAAUUUCAACUUAUAUUCAAAGUUUAAUGAUUAGAUAUCCUAAAAUCACAUUAUUUAAAACCAUAAAUGAACAAAUUGAUUAUGAAUUGAAAGUGAUGAUUAAAGGUUUAAUUAAAUUAUUAAACACCAAUUUAAAACAAAAUCAUAUUUUAAAAAUAUUUCAAAUAUUACAUAAAUUAUUUGAUGAUAAUGAGAAUCAAAUUAUUGAUAAUGAAUCAAUAUUAAUAAAAAUCUUUUUAAAUUCAAGAUUUAAAUUUAUUAUUAAUGAAAUUUCCAGUUUAAAACCAUUAAUAAAAUUCAAUAAAUUAACAUAUUUGAAAAGAUAUAUUGAAAUAUACCGUGAAUUUAUGUUUAAUUCAUUAUCCAUAUAUAAUAUAAUUUUCAAAAAUAAAAAUAAAAGUCAACACAAACAGAAACAGAAACAAAUCAUUUUGAUAAAUCAAUUUAUUCAAAGUUUAGUUAAACUUUUAUGUCAAGAAUUUAAACAGUAUUUACCUGAUAUCAAAACUAAGAAAAUUGAUGAUUCUAUUGAAUCGGAAUUUGAAUUGAAAAGUUCAAUAGAUGGAUUGAUUUUACAAUUGAUUUAUCUUUGUCGAUCAUUGACUGGGUUUGGAUUAGAUUUCGAACCUAUAAUUUUAUUAGAAUUGGUAUGUGAUGAUCUUAUACCUGAAUCAGAUUGGUUAAGGAAUUUAUCUAAAGUAAAGAUUAAGAAUAGGUAA